AGUCUGUAAACGUUCGAGGUAUGCUCUACUUUGUACUCCCUGCUUUCGUCGCGAUUCCAGGUGUAUUUUCUGAUUAAAUCAAGCACGACGUGUUCGUUUGCCCAAUGCAUUUCAGCCGCUUGCAGUGUGUCGUGCAAUGAGAGCAAAUAAUAAUAGCAAUCAAUACGAAAACGGAAACAGCAACAGUUACAAGUACCUGCCGUUCAGCAGCAAUUAAUACAAGGUUUGUGCCUUUGUCUUAAUAGAGGCAAUUAAGUGAGUUUCACUCUGAAAUUAAAAACAGUUCGUAGUCUGCGAUGUGCUGAAUGAAGACUGCAUUUUGGCCGUUGAAUAACUGGAAUUGGUAACUUGGUGAAACUACAAACUGAACAUCUGGAGAGGAACAACUGACAUCAUCCUAUUGUAUUAUUGUUGCGUCCAUUGUUCGUUUGUUCUUGCCAUUAAUCAGAGCUGGGCUCUUUUGGAGGAUACGCCUCACACCCACCAUUUUCACUACCGAUCAAAAAACACUCAUUUAAUUCAUAGAUCGGACAAGUAGAGAAAAGGCAGCAAGAUGUUCAUCGAAGACGAUGCGCAAAUGGACAGCUUCUGGGUGCAGAGCGCUAUUGGCGCGAUCAAGGCGAUCGCCUUUGUCUACGACAUCAUCACCCUUCCGGUUUACUUGGUGCUGCAGAAGCCCUGGAAACGCCGUCAGGACUCGCGUCGCGUGAAGGCAAAGAUCGUGCGGAAUGAUGACAAUGAGCUGACCUACCGGACCACGGAUCCACCACGGGAUGUCCACGUGAAGAUGCUGCAAGAGAAUAUCGAUACCCUGGAGAAGGUAUUCAACUAUGUGGCCAAAACUUACACGUCGAAGCGUUGUCUGGGCACCCGGCAGAUCCUCAGCGAGGAGGAUGAGGUGCAGCAGAACGGUCGAGUCUUCAAGAAGUACAACCUCGGUGACUACAAGUGGAAGACGUUCACCGAGGCGGAGCGCACGGCGGCUAAUUUCGGGCGCGGUCUGCGAGAACUUGGCCAGAAACCACGCGAGAACAUUGUCAUCUUUGCCGAAACGCGAGCCGAAUGGAUGAUAGCUGCCCACGGAUGCUUUAAGCAGGCUAUGCCCAUUGUCACUGUCUAUGCUACGCUGGGCGAUGAUGGAGUUGCUCAUUGCAUCACCGAAACGGAAGUCACCACGGUUAUCACCUCCCAUGAUCUGCUGCCCAAGUUUAAGACGCUGCUCGACAAAUGCCCAUUGGUGAAGACUAUUAUCUAUAUUGAGGAUCAGCUGCAAAAGACAGAAACCACUGGCUUCAAGGAGGGCGUCAAGAUCUUGCCGUUUAACCAAGUUGUCAAGACAGGACAGGACAGUAAAUUUGAGCACGUUCCACCCAAGGGAGAUGACAUUGCCAUUAUCAUGUACACUUCCGGAUCCACUGGCACACCUAAGGGUGUCCUCCUCUCGCACAAGAACUGCAUUGCGACAAUGAAGGGAUUUGUUGAUAUGGUGCCUAUCUAUCCGGAUGAUGUACUGAUCGGAUUCCUGCCCCUGGCUCACGUUUUUGAAUUGGUUGCGGAAAGUGUGUGUCUCAUGACUGGCGUUCCAAUUGGCUACUCGACCCCCUUGACUCUGAUCGACACUAGCAGCAAGAUCAAACGCGGGUGCAAGGGCGAUGCCACCGUCCUGAAGCCCACCUGCAUGACUUCGGUGCCGCUGAUAUUGGAUCGCAUUUCCAAGGGUAUUAACGACAAGGUUAACUCUGGCUCGGCGUUCAAGAAAUCACUCUUCAAAUUCCUUUACCAGUACAAAGUCAAGUGGGUGCAGAGGGGGUACAAGACGCCGCUGAUUGAUAAACUGGUGUUCAAGAAGGUGGCAAAGCUAAUGGGUGGCAAAGUGCGCAUUAUCAUGUCUGGCGGAGCGCCUCUGUCAGCAGAUACACAUGAGCAGAUCAAGACCUGCUUGUGCUUGGAGCUGAUUCAGGGCUAUGGCCUUACGGAAACUACGUCUGGAGCCACUGUCAUGGACUACCGUGAUAUGACCUAUGGACGCACUGGAGGACCAUUAACUGUCUGCGACAUCCGUCUAGUCAACUGGGAAGAAGGCAACUACCGCGUCACAAAUAAACCUUAUCCCCAGGGUGAGGUUCUCAUUGGUGGCGAGUGUGUCUCCCAGGGAUACUACAAGUUGCCCGGCAAGACCAACGAGGAUUUCUUUGAGGAGGAUGGACAGAGAUGGUUUAAAACCGGCGACAUUGGCGAAAUACAAGCUGAUGGCGUACUUAAGAUUAUUGAUCGUAAGAAGGAUCUGGUUAAGCUGCAGGCCGGCGAGUAUGUUUCCCUUGGCAAAGUUGAAUCUGAGCUUAAGACUUGCGGAAUCAUCGAGAACAUUUGCGUAUACGGAGAUCCGACAAAGCAGUACACAGUGGCGCUGGUCGUUCCCAACCAAAACCAUUUGGAGGAGCUGGCACAGAAACAUGGCCUGGGUGAUAAGUCCUUUGAGGAGCUGUGCUCAUCACCGAUCAUAGAGAAGGCUAUUCUCAAGGAAAUUGCUGAGCAUGCGCGGAAAUGUAAAUUGCAAAAAUAUGAGGUUCCCGCCGCCAUCACACUUUGUAAGGAGGUCUGGUCUCCGGACAUGGGGCUGGUAACCGCCGCCUUCAAGCUGAAGCGCAAGGAUAUCCAGGACAGAUAUCAGCAUGAUAUUAACCGCAUGUACGCCUCAUGAAAGUCAAUGUACUAAGCCAGAGGUACCAGAUGCAGCAACGACAACAACACGCAAACAUUAAAGCAGCAGCAAUGAAGCUAGUGUGUACUAAUUGUUUUUAGUAGCACCCCACACAGCAUAAGCAUGCAUACGAAAUCCAAAACCAAACUAGCUUAAGUCCUAAAAGAUCUAAAUGCCGAGCAGUACAUGCAGGAACCGAUUAGCCACAUUGCGCAUGUAAAGACAGACAGAAUGUUCUCAUUUGCCUUUUUCGUUUCGUUUUAUCUUAUUUGCUAGAAAUCGAAAAUUACUCGUUUCUCAUUUUAAUAAAGUUCGCAAAGACUUGCUUGGCAGAUAUGUAGCUGAAGCUGAGUUUGGUUUGGAAAUGCGCUGUGUAUGUGCUAGGAAUGCUGUUCAACCGAUUGACAAUGAUAAUGGUAAUGAUAACUGAAUGCCGAUGAUGAGAAGGAAUAUUGUAUACUGUACAGUUUUCGGUUUAUAGUACAUUGUGUGGCAAAUUUAUAUUGCAGAAAAAUACUUAUUUUUAUAUUAAGCUUAAGUGGUUGCCUAUUAAUUAUGUACAUACGAUAUACACAUUCAUAUAAAAGCAUAUAUGUGUAAAAUAAAUCUAAUAUUUAGUGUACUUCUCUAUGCUAAGUUAAAUGUAUGGAAUUCUUGAAGUAAUGAAAUGUAGACAGCAGCAAUGAAAGCGACUUGAUUAUGAAUUAAAAGCCACAAUUGAAAGUAAAGAACCUAAGAAUUUCCCUUGCAAAUGCUUCUUUUUGGCGCAGAGUAAAAUACAUCUAAACACAAAUGGAACCAUCCAAAAAUUACUUUUAAUUACACAAAGGCAUAAAGGUUACAAAGGCAAUUGUAAUAUAUAUUUUAGCUCAAUUUAGUUAAAAAAAGGACAUCAAAUGAAUUUUAUGAAAUAUAUUAUGUAAAACACGUAAAGAGAAAAGUCAAAAUUAAUAUGCAACAAAUGAAAGACUUAGUACCAAAAUAUAAUAAAAACACUGAAAUCACUAGAAGGCCAACAAAACGCCUAUAUCUCAAAACUAAAAUGUAAUAACAUUUGUUUUAGAUGUGCAAGAACUUUUUGAAUAAAUUGUAGUCAUAUUUUUAGUUAAACUAUGUAUAUUUAGGAAACGUUUAGCAAUUUUUUGUGGAAACGUUACGUUUCUUUUCAAUAAAAUUCAAAUGAUAC